GAACAGACAGACAGGAUGCAUAUGGACCUGGUGUGGCUGGCCGUGGUGUCUCUCUCCUUACCCCUGGUCUCAGAAUGCACUCCGCUGUACAUCAUGUCUGCUCCAAACCUCCUGAGAGUGGGCACUGUGGAGAGGGUGUUUGUGGAGGCACAGGACUACGCAGGAGGAAGUCUCAAUGUUAAAAUCAGAGUGCUGACGUACCCCAGCAAAAACAGAGAGCUCACGUCCACACAGGUGACCCUGAGGGAAGGAAACAGCUUCCAGGAUCUUGUGGAGAUUAAGGUUCCUGAUCUCGAGAACGUGUUUGAGAGGAAAUCUCUGGAAAAGCAGUAUGUUUAUCUCCAGGCACAGUUCCCAGCCAAGCAACUGGAAAAAGUGGUCCUGCUCUCAUUCCAACACGGUUACAUUUUUACACAGACAGAUAAGACCAUUUACACGCCCUCUGGCACAGUUUAUUACAGGGUUUUUCCACUGAAUGCUGGAUUGCAGCCCAGCCAAAGCAGCGUGUUGGUGGAUUUCAUGACCCCAGACGGCAUUACGAUCAACAGAGAAGACCUGGACUCAAACAGCGGCAUGAAGUCCAAGUCUUUUAAACUUCCUGACCCAUCCAGCUUGGGGACAUGGAAACUGGUUUCCCGAUUCAAGACUGACCCAAAGACGAACUUCACGGUUGAAUUUGAGGUGAAAGAAUACGUUUUGCCAAGCUUUGAAGUCACCCUGAAGCCAGAAAAAGCGUUUUUCUACAUCGAUGAUGACGAACUGAUGGUGAAAAUUAAGGCCAGGUAUCUGUUUGGAAAGGAAGUGUCUGGAAUGGCCUAUGUGGUGUUUGGUGUUACGACUGAUGAAAACCGUAAGAGGAGUUUUCCUGGGUCUUUACAGAGAGUACAGAUCAUAAGUGGUCAAGGGGAGGCUUCAUUAAAGAGAGCACACAUCUUGCAAAGCUUCCCAAAAAUUCAGGAACUUGUUGGAAAACAAAUACAUAUAUCCGUCAGUGUGUUGACGAAUACCGGCAGCGAGAUGGUGGAGGCCCAGAGGAGUGGCAUUCACAUUGUGACAUCACCAUACAGCAUCCACUUCAUAAGGACUCCCAAAUACUUCAAACCUGGAAUGCCGUUUGACGUCUCGGUUUUGGUGACAAACCCAGAUGAGUCCCCUGCAAAAGGAGUGAUAGUGGAGGUGAGCCCUGGAAGGGUGCGGGGAAGGACAGCAGAGAACGGCAUUGCCAAGGUCACGAUCAACACCGAAGGAGGAGCCAACACCCUGGCGAUCAGUGUGAAGACUGGAGAUCCACUUCUGACUGAGCCCAGACAGGCCAGGAGUCAGAUGACAGCUUUAGCCUAUUCUCCCAAACACGGCUCUAGAAACUACCUGCACAUUGGUGUGAGUGCAGCUGAACUCACCAUCGGAGAUCAGCUCAAGAUCAACCUCAACCUGGGUGGCAGUCCUGGAGUCCAGGAGCAAGAUUUCACUUUAAUGGUUCUCAGUAAAGGACAGAUAGUGAGUGUGAACAGGAUCAGGAGGAUGAGAGGCCAGGCUCUGGUCUCUUUAUAUUUAACGGUGACAAAGGACAUGGUUCCCGCCUUCCGUCUGGUGGCGUAUUACCAUGUGGGUUCUUCGGAGGUUGUAUCUGACUCCGUCUGGGUUGACGUGAAGGACACCUGCAUGGGAACGCUCAAAGUGGACGUUUCCCGCCGUCAGGUGACGUAUGAACCUCAUAAACCUUUCAGUCUGAAGAUCACUGGAGACCCUGGGGCCAAGGUUGGACUGGUGGCUGUGGAUAAAGGAGUCUAUGUGCUCAACAACAAGAACAGACUCACCCAAACCAAGAUCUGGAACAUCAUUGAGAAACAUGACACUGGUUGUACGGCUGGUAGUGGCAAAGACAGUAUGGGAGUUUUCUAUGAUGCCGGACUGCUGUUUGAGUCCAAUACUGCAGGAGGCACUGAAUCUAGAUCAGAGCCAACUUGCCCAUCUCCUCCAAAGAGACGACGUCGCGCAAUAACAAUCGUGGAUUUUAAGAACUCACUGGCAAGUAAAUACACAGGUAUGCAGAGAGAGUGCUGCAUCGACGGGAUGAGAGACAACAUUCUGGAUUACACAUGCGAUCGGAGGUCAGAGUUCAUCGUCGACGGCGCCGAGUGUGUCCAGGCAUUUCUGCGCUGCUGUAGAGAGACAGUGUCUCAGAGGAAGGAAAACGCGGAGUCCGAGCAGCUUCUGAGUGAAUCCGAGGAUGCUGCUUUCACCAACUCCGACGACAUCGUCUCCCGUAGUGAGUUCCCUGAGAGCUGGCUGUGGGAGGAGGCUAUGCUGCCUGAUUGUCCUGGCAGAGAUUCCAACUGUGCCACCACAUCUUUGAUGAAGAACAGCGUCCUCAAAGAUUCCAUUACCACAUGGGAAAUCACGGCUAUCAGUGUGUCAAAGACUCGAGGUAUUUGUGUCGCAGACACUUUAGAGAUGGUUGUUGUGAAGGACUUCUUCAUCGAUCUGAAGCUGCCUUACUCAGCUGUCCGCAACGAACAACUGGAGAUCAAAGCCAUUCUUCACAACUACAUAGAUGAUGACAUACAGGUCCGCGUGUUUCUACUGGAGACUAGGAACGUGUGCAGCGCCGCCACCCAAAAGAAGAAAUUUCAGGUCACGGUCAGAGUGCGGGCUUUGUCAUCCCGUGCCGUGCCCUUCAUCAUCAUCCCAACGGAUCUGGGUUUGCACCCCAUUGAGGUGAAGGCUGUUGUAGUCGGGAUCGGGAAACACGACGGCGUGAAGAAGAAGCUGCUUGUCGUUUCUGAAGGAGUUUUAACUACAAAAGAGUUGAAGAAUAUACAGCUAAGCCCAAAGAACACAGAUCGUGAAGAGGUGAAAAGGAUUAGAGCUCCAUCUUUAAAGAAUCAAGUUCCAGGGACAACCUCCAGCACCCACAUUUCUGCAUCGGCUGAAGUGAUAAGUGUGACUGUGGAGAAAGCCAUCAGUGGAGAGUCUAUGGGUUCCCUCAUCAGGCAGCCAGGAGGUUGUGGAGAGCAAAACAUGGUUGGCCUGACCCUUCCCGUCAUCGCCACACACUACCUGGACAGAACCAGGCAGUGGAACCAAGUCGGGGCCAAUCUCCGAAACCAGGCAGUCAACUACAUUAAUAGAGGCUAUGCCCAGCAGCUCAGCUACCGUAAAGCAGAUGGCUCAUAUGCUGCAUAUAUCAGUAGACCAUCCAGUACUUGGCUGACUGCAUAUGUGGCCAAGGUGUUUGCCAUGGCUAAUGAAAUUGUUGGGAUUCAGAGAAAUGUGAUCUGCAGCGCCCUCUCUUGGCUGGUCCAGAAUGUGCAGGCUGCUGACGGCUCAUUUACAGAGAGAGCUCCUGUAAUUACCAGUUCAAUGACUGGUAAUGUACGUGGGAGGGAUACUGAUGUUUCCAUGACAGCCUUUGUUCUGAUAGCCAUGCAGGAAGGACGUUCCAUUUGUGCUGGAAGCAUUGUUGGUUUAGAAAAUAGCAUGAGGAGGGCCACAGAUUUCGUGGAGAAUCGUCUAAACAGCGUUAAUAAUCCUUAUGCUGUAGCCAUGGCCUCCUACGCUUUGGCGAACGCAGGCAGACUCAACACCAACAUUUUACUGAGACACGCUGCUCCAGGACGUGAUCACUGGCCCGUGCAUGAAAGUCUUUACUUCACUCUGGAGGCUACAGCCUAUGCGUUGUUGGCCCUAACCAAGGUCAGGGACUACCAGCAGGCUGCACCAAUUGUCAAGUGGCUGGGUGCACAGAGGAGGUACGGUGGAGGGUACGGCACCACCCAGUCCACCAUCAUGGUGUUCCAAGCUGUGGCUGAAUACAGAAUUCAUGCUGAACAUGUGGAAGAUGUUGGUCUGGACGUGGAAAUACAACUGUCUGGCCGGGCUCGCCCCAUCUUGUGGAAGUUCACACCAGAGAAUGUUCUCCUGACCCGUACAGAGAAGAUUGACCACUCUGAGGAUAUUACCGUCACGGCGAGAGGCCAUGGAGAGGUCAUGCUGUCAAUUGUAGCACUUUACUAUGCUAAACCCACAGAGGACUCCAGUGUUUGUAAAAACUUUGAGCUGAAGGUGACGUUUGAGAAAGAAAGAAGAGUAACUUAUCCAGGGGCUUCUGAAACAUAUAAACUUACUAUCUAUACACAGUACCUGGGUGCAGACCGAGAUGCUACCAUGUCCAUCCUAGAUAUUAGCUUGCUCACUGGGUUUGUUGCGGAUGAAAGUGAUCUAAAGGCGUUGUCCACGGGGAGGGAGAGGUACAUCCAGAGAUUUGAGAUGGAUAAGGUUCUGUCAGAGAGAGGUUCCCUCAUCAUCUACCUGGAUAAGGUUUCCCAUACCCUAAAAGAUAAGAUUGCUUUCAGGAUGCAUAAGGUGAUGAAUGUGGGCAUGCUUCAGCCAGCAGGAGUCACAGUGUAUGAGUAUUAUUCCAUCGAGAAUCGCUGUGUCAAGUUUUACCACCCAAGCAAAGAAACGGGGGCUCUGAGCGUCAUCUGUGAGAAGGACGUGUGUCAGUGUGCCCUAGAUAAAUGCAAUCUACAAAGAAAGGAAGGCCUUGAUGAGACAAAACGCAACCUCAAAGCCUGUGAAAGGGGCAUUGAAUUUGUAUACAAAGCCACACUGGAGAGCUCAGAGACGGACCUGUCAACACAAAUGGAAAUUUAUCAUAUGAAGAUUAUAGAGGCCUUCAAAGUUGGUGUUGAUGCAGACGUGAUGGAUCAGCGACGUUCCUUUUUCUCUAGUGUCAUCUGUAACGAAGCACUGGGCCUGAAAGAGGGCAAGGACUACCUAAUAAUGGGCAGGACCACUCCCCCUGACCUGCUGCUGGUCGAUGGGAGCUACCAGUACACACUGGGAGAGAGGACGUGGAUUGAGUACUGGCCCACUAAGGAGGACAGCAGGAAGAGUGCUGCACUCAGAGAAGCCUAUAAGGGCAUGGAGGUCCUGAUUCAGGACAUGCUCUUUGGGUGCAAGAAUGACCUUUAA